UGCAGUGCGAGCUGCGCGCCGCCGCCACCACCCACAGCGGAUACGGAGAGGGCGGGGACGAUUGCUCGCAGACGUCAUUAUGGCUGCCGCUGAGUGUCCGGCGGCGGUGCGGAUCGCCGGACUAGCGACGGUGCUGCUGCUGCUGCUGCCCGGCGUGAGAGCCAUCACUGGAGAGUCUGAGAUCCUGGAGCGUAUACUGAACCCCACCAAGUACGACCGCAACGUCAGGCCGCCAGCAGAAAACGGCACAGGAGGACCAGUCGAUGUCAAAAUAGAUCUCCUCCUCCGCAGGCUGUUGGCAGUCAGCGAAGCUAAUAUGGACUUCACUGCGCAGCUGUCGGUGGUUCUGACGUGGCACGACCCACGUCUCAGGUACGACGACAUGGACACGGGACGCAGGCGGUUCGUGACGCUGACGGAGGUGAGCCGUGCGUGGCAGCCAGACGUGUUCUUCAGCGAGGAGAAGCAGGGCCACGUGCACGACAUCGUCACGCCCAACGUCUACAUGCGCAUCUCACCCGACGGCCUGGUGCGCUUCAGUGUCAGGACAUCGAUGGCGUUCGCCUGUGACAUGGAUUUCCGCCGGUAUCCGAUGGACACACAGACCUGCACUAUCUCUAUGCAGAGCUAUGGGUACACGGAGGAGGACCUGCGGCUGUCGUGGGGCGACCGUGACGAGGUGCACCUCGUGAAGCAGCACAGCUCCGCCGGGCUGUUCUCCAUCGCCAGCCUGCAGGCUGCCGACUGCACCGCCAGGGCGCGCGGAGCGGCGACGAGCUGCCUGCGGGCGGUGGUGCGGCUGUGGCGGGACCCGCGGCCAGCGCUGCUGCGCGCCUACUUGCCGAGCGCGCUGCUGGUGGCUGCGUCGUGGGCCGCCUUCUGGAUGCGCCGCCGCUGGGGCCGCGUGGCCGCCGCCGCCCUCGCCGCCGCCGGCGUCGCCUACGUGACGACGCCGCCGCUGGCCGCGCUGCCGCCGCUGCCCUACUCGCCCGCGCUGCGGCUCUGGCGCGACGCCUGCCUCGGCUUCCUCGCCUGCGCCGUCCUCCAGGUGCUGGUGGUGGCGUACCUCGCGUACGACCAGCGGUGCCGGCGGAGGGCGCGGCUGGCGGACCCGGAGGCGGCGAGGCAGCAGCAGCAGCAGCAGCAGCAGCAGGAGGCGGCGCCCAGCCAGGCGGCCGACACCAACUCCUCCUUCGGCAUGAAGCUGGUGUCGCCGGCGGCGGGUGCGGCGCGCGCCCCCUCGGCGGACGAGGCGGAGGCGGAGGCCGAGGGCGAGGAGAGCCGGUCGGAGGGCGGCUGGCUGCGCGCCUGGCUGGGCUCCCCGGCGGUCGGCGGCCGCCUCGACAUCGUCUGCCGCGCCGGCUUCCCCGCCGCCUUCGCGCUCUUCAACCUCACCUACUGGGCCGCCGUGCUCAACUAGCCAUGCCGCGCUCCACCCCGCGGUGAUCCUACCUACCACGCACAUCUCUCACCGUACAGGGCGAAUCCCAACUCUACCAGAGAUUGUCCAGGGCUGUUUUCUGAGUAUUUUGGUGCAAGUGACCCGUAGCCUGCGCCUAAUCGUUACAGAGUACUUAUUCGCUUUCUUAUUCCGAUUAUCUUUCUUUCUGUGAAAACAUCUUCCCAAAAGCGAAACGUACGUCUCACGUAAACCAUCUUUCAUUCUAACAUGCAAAUAUGCGGUUUCUCUUACGCGCCCACGUACAGAUUGUGUUUUCCGUCACUGAGGUGACAGCUCAGUGAGCGCCGUCAUGCUACUCUUCCACCACAUUCAGCGAACGCAUACACGAGAUGGAUAUUCCGAAACUCUUCAACAAUAUAUCGACCCAUACUGUUGUACAUCAAAGUUGGCAUACAACUAACACAGCCGGAAGAGCAAAUCCUGCAACACAACGAAGCUGUACUGAAAGCAAGCUUGAGCGUCAAAGUGAAAUGGGCAUUACUGUUGUCAAUAGCAAGUACCGAGAGUCAAUGGAACAAGUACGUCUCCAAACGAGAAAAGUACUCUUAGUAUCGACAUUUGUACUGUUGCGCAGAUUCUUUCAGCGCACCAAAGAUACAGAGAUAAAAACGACCAAGAAAUCAAACGAAAUAGAAUUACUUGAGAGCACGCACCUUUUAUAAUUUUAAUUAAUAUUGUGUUUAUACUCGUUGCUGAUGAGGAGGAAAAUUAGUUAUUAGUAUUUUAUUAAUGAUCUCAUUCAUAAGCAGCCAUAUCACAGUCGCUCAAGAAAAUUAUAAUGAAGUUUUACUUGUUUCAUCAGAAUCGGAUGAUGACUCUCCUCGUCCGCAGCCUCGAUCAUUCGAAGCGAUCGGCAAUCCCGUAUAAAUAAAAUGUCUUGGUUUUCUUGCUUUGCGUAGUCAGUCGAAAAACCUUAGAUCAAACGGAAGGUUUGCUUUGACAAUUCAUCGGAAGUUCCCUUCUGAUUACCAACGAAACGACACCUGCGUGCAAAUUUCCAAUUAGAGAAUACAUCUAUAAUGAAAUUCCUUACACACUUUUGAUGUAAAUGCUCAGUAUAUAUUUGCUUGAGAAGCAUACAAUAUAUUUUCAAUCUCUUUCUUCCAGUUAUUUUGAUAGCAAAAUUACAAUUAUUCAAUGUGGCUAUUCGGCACGGAGAAAAUCCUAGAAGACCUCCCAACACCCCAGAGAGAAUAUUGGAAAGAGUAAUUAUGCGCUCAUGGAAUAGUAAUAGUUCUGUACUACUUUGCGCAUCAAUUCUGCGAGUAUAUAGAUGGUCAAGUAGGAAACGUAAUUCACUCAUAAAAUUGUGUAGGGAUAAUUAGUAGAAUAUAACGAGAUAUUACACCUUAUACCAAAAUACUCAAAAAAUGUUCCUAAACAACCUCUGAAAUUUUAUCGAUGGUGUACAAGUUCAAUCUUAGAACCUCUAUAACUAAGCUCAUAGGGUGAACAAUUAGUCAUCCGUCGGUUUGAAGCAGAUAGUAAUUUCAUGAAUCUAAGGUACGCGCAGCGGAAUAUACCUGCUUGCAGUGUGCAGAUCAAUGUUCAGUUUAGAGAAGACAUGAUAAAAUUUACGAUGAAAUAUUUUUAAAAGACAUACAGGUAGAAAAGGAUUAUGUAAUGUUAUAUACACUGCUGUUUGGAAAAAGUGAAACACGAAGGCCGAGAAAUGUGAUUACAAUGAACUUUAUUUCACAGACUAGCGACAUGAUACAACACAAAUUAUUAUCAUUAACCCUUCAAUGCUUAGUGUAGCUCAUCAGCUACAGACAUCAUUUCUUCGAUGUAUCCCGUACUGAGCAACAUUUUGUAAGAAAUUCGUUAUGGAGUUAAGUGUAUACACGCUAUUGCAGCUGCUAAACUGCUAGUCGUUCUUCAUAGCGAUCGUAAAUGGCAGGAUGAACUGAACUAGUUCGACAAUCAGCUGUGGGGAUGCACUGUCGCGUGUGUGUUUCGGCGGAAGGUAGAGACGUUUUAUUGGUGUUUGUGCACUGAUUUGUGGGUUUCAAAAUUAUUUUUUUAUUUUGAAAACGUAAGUAGAUAUUAUGUAGACAUUUAAUUUGAGUGUCUUUACGAUAGAUUUGAAAUUAGGUGUGUUUUUGUUUUUGUAGCGAUUGUCAACAACAAUGGUUUGUUAAUUUAAUUAAAACAUUUUUUCAAUAUUUUUUUCGUAAUGUAGGCACUAUAAACUAAACGUCGCAAUUUUUACAGCUUGAAAUAAAAAAUCAUGCAUUUAAGGGUUAAGGACCCGUACAUGCACUGUGACUGUAGAAAUUCAGUACCGAGUAGCACCACAAUGUGAAGCAAUCAGAGAAGCUAGACAUUGUGCCAUGGAAUCAAAGAGUGCCUGAAUAUGCUGCUCGGGAAUACUCUGCCACACAGUUUGUAGCCACAGCCACAAAGCAUCAACUGUGGCUGCAGGAGCACCUGGAGGAACAAGCUGUCGACAUGUUCUGUGGGUGACAUGUUAUGUGAAAGGGCAGGCCAGGGAAGUAGUGGCACGUGUCCUUCUCCAAAGAAGGCUUACACAUCGCUCGCCACAUACGGCCCGGCGUUGUCCUGCUGAAAUAUGGCAUAUGAGACAUCCUGCACGAGAAGCAAUGCUUGAGGCUGUAAAAGUUCCUGAUGUAGUGGUAGCUGUUCAAAUUGCGCUCAAGACGUAGGAAUUGCGAUCGCGUCACCGCCGCCACAAACCAUCACACUUGGCGUUUGUCUGCUAUGCAUCUCAAGAAUGCAGUCCGCCCGAUUACGUACACCAUGGCGGCAUCGAACGCAUAUGUGGCCAUCACUAUAGGACAAGUUGAAGCGGGAGUCGUCCAGAAAACGCUAAAUUUUUCAACUCAGCAUUUCACUGUUCGUUCACAUUCCAAUUGCACUGUGUUGCUGGUGGAUUCUGGUCAAUGCAAGCCGACGCAACGGCAUGUGUGCCACUUGUCCAACUUGCAGAAGAUAGCAUCGAACUGCCACCCCAGACAUGUCCACCUUCGUUGCAGCUCUCCAUCAUAGUGCCGAACAGUGUCGUCAAAGCUGUUCUGUCAAUUACAGCCACGUGGACAAGAUGGCAGCCAUCUCGCACUCUGAUCACACUGUGUCCGUCAGUUCCCUGUCGGUGCUGCAUAUGGCGUUCUUGUUUCCAAUGCUUCUACACAGGACCGGCGCAAGGCACGUGCGAAACGUGCGGCCGCACGGGGCGGCACUUUCCGAGGCAAAUCUGCCGUCCCCCCUUUUUUUCCCAACUCAACAUUCAUGCUCAAGGGGGGAUUCGAAACCAAACCUCGGAGGGAGCGGCUUCGGGAACUGUGGCAUGGUGCCUCGACUACCUGCCGGCCACCCCUGUUGAACAAGGGUAGUGAGGAGGACUAAUUUCUUCCUCGCCACUGUGGCAGCACCGUAGUGUUUACGCCGGAGGAACAGAGAGUGGGAAGCAGUCUGGCGUGCGUGCCAGUAUUCUUAUGAGUGGAGCGCUGUCAGCCUGUUACACGCCGUGCGUUCACUCACAACUAAUUUUGCAGAAGACGAAAUCUAAUUUGGAAAUUCGAAUGCAAUGUUCGAUACUACGGUUACAUGUUAAGCCUGAAGCAAUUUUGCUAAGCCCUUCAAUGGCAGUUUCCGAGUGUUUUAUUCUUCCCACAUUAUGGAAAAAAAUUGUUAAACGUUACUACAGUCAAACAUGUCCAACACCUACAAUGGCUAGAAGUAUACCGAAUGGGGAAAUACGCUGCGAGUAAUUACAAAGGAUAAAGACAUCGCUAAUAAGCCUGGCAUAAGUUGGGUUUCGACGUAUUUUUGAAAAUUGUUGCUAUCCAUUUCUGAGUGACAGUCGGACGUUUUGGUUUUUGAGCCAUAAAACACCUGUCUCCGCCUGCCCAAACAACAAUUAAACUCUGACCGUCACUUUUGUUUGACAAUACUACUUGACCCACUAGAUGUAAGCACACAUUAAAAGCUUUGAGAAUGGGCACUCAGUGGCCGAAACCUAGGUAGAUCUGAAAAGUUAAAACAAAAAUUGAGAUUGAUUGCUGACAUUUCCUACAGAUUUGUUUCAAUAAAAUUCCAUAAAAGGUUUGUAAAAAAAAUUUAAAAAACGGGGGGGACGACGACAAUUUAGCACCUCGCACGGGGCUGCACUUGUGCUUGCGCCGGCCCUGGUUCUACAUAUGCCUCGCUGUUGAAGUAGCGUACCCCGAAAAGACGACAAUGUCACGGAACAACAGACCUGCCUCCCAGAGACCAAUCAUUCAGCCCAUUCGAUCGUACUCACAUGCCGAUAUUCCACCCUGUGAUGUCAGCAAGGCAUAGUGGCACGUCUUUACUGGUUUAAACUUUGUAUGACGCCUCCAUACAAACUGAACUUUGCCUAACACUGACCUCCUCAGACACACGAAAAUGGCCGCUGUUUGGCCUACAUGCACACCACUGGAAUGCCACUUAAAUCACCUAUUAUGCAUGCUUCCGCUGUUCUACGUGUCCUCUUAAAGUGGAGUGUUGCACUUCUGAGUAUUUCACUUUUUACAAACAGCAGUGUACGUAUUCCUCUGAUUCAGCUACACAGUACGCACUGUAUUUCUCAAGAUACAAAAAUCUGUGAAAUUGUCCGCCAUAAAUUGUUUAAUAGAAAACAUCACUUUUUCCUCUUGAAGAAUUAAGUGAAACCUUUCUAGUGAACCAAGCUUCAUUGCAAAUACAUUACUGCAUUUUAGUUCAGUGUAAAUUUCUGGUGUUUGAGCAUUGAGUUUUAAACAGUGUGUCAAAACAUUAAAAUUCACUCCGCACAAUGUGCUGUGUUGUGCUGCAAUUGGAAAUUUA